GUGUGUGUGUGUGUGUGUGUUUGAGAGAGAGAGAGAGAUCUGCAAUGCUGGGCACGUCGCGGAUUCUGGAAAAGGGGCCCGGGUACUUGAGGAAGCAAAUGGAGCUGGAGCGCGAGGGGAACGUGCGCGCGAGCGCAGCGGAGAGGCUCGCGGCCACCAAGCCCAACUACGUGAAGAGCCCACAGGUGACGAGUUCACCUUCCGCCCCCGAGCAGGUUACCGGUACAGGUUCCCCCUGCGGCCGAGGGUCCACCGAGCGGAGCGCACCAGCUCCCGGUACACCUGCUUCCGAACAGGAAGCAAAUCUCGCGAAGCGGAACAGCUCCAAGAAACGACCGGACUCGAUCUUACUGUACAGACAGAAGUGCGACCUGCAGAGAAGCUCACCGGGCGCGAACUACCGGCGCAAACGGACUUUACUCAAAUCACUGAGAGAGAGGAACCGCGCAGGCGCUCCGGUUUCAGCCGGUCAGAACGCUGAAAGUUCAUCCGACACGGAACAAGCUCAGGCGGAAGAGGACGGGAAAGAUAAAGACAACGAUAACGGCCCGUUGCCCGAGCGCGUGAACGUGGCGAGAAGAGCUAUUGAAGCAGGAGGGUCCGAGUCGGAGCGCGCGAGGAAGGGGGUGUCGCGCUCGCACUCCGACAUCAGCUCGCGCUAUUCUAAAAACUUCGCCGACUUCGACUCGUUUUUCAUGUACUGCGGCCUCGAGAGCGACGUCGUGGAGUCCCUGGGCAGAGAAAAUUUCUCCUCGCGCUCGGAUGAGCGUGAACUUUCCUACGCAAAGGUCCGGAGCGUAAGCGUGGCCACGUCAGACGGCGAGAUUUCACACACCAGCGGUGACAUCGACGGGCGUCAAGAGGAAGACGUGAAAGAGACUCGCCAACAAGGUUCGUCCGUUAUAGAGCGCAACGCUCGAGUGAUCAAAUGGCUGUACAGCUGCAGAAACGCAAGUGAGUCCGGGAAAACGCUGCGAGAUCUGGAUUAGUCCCAAAAUCCCGA